AUGCUUAAUCUAAAAUUGUUUAACAUUCUAUAACCACAUGAGAUAAUAAUCCAAUAGAAUUAAAUUCUAAUUAUAAUGAAGGAUUGGAGAUAAUAUCGUUUGUCAGAAAAUUAAUUGAAUAAAUAAAAUAUCGAAUUUAUCCUUCUUUAGUUGGCAAUAACCUUAAAUGAACUAAGCUAGAAAAAAAUUACUUGGAAUCUGUAAUCCAUUUCACAAUUAUAUUUAAUUGAAGACUGUGUUUUUCUAUAAUUAUUUGAUUUAGAAGAUUCACACUUAAAAAUGACUACUCCUAACAUUGAUAUUUUUAAAAGUUUCGUACGUAAAUACUUUCCAUAGAUGAUAUAAAUUCUAGAUAUCAACAUGGAUAAUUUUGAGAAAAUUAUAAACUAUUUGCUUUCAUUUGUUAAAGGUUUGAGAAUAAAUUAAUAAAAUCAUUUUGGUUUAAAUCUAUUUUUUAAAAUUCUGCAAAUUUCAUCUUCAUAUGGUAUGGAAGAUAUAUAUACAGUGGAAUUCAACACUCCAAAAGUAUUUGAAACUGUUUUUGGUAUUAAAUCGAAGAGUCUUUUAUAUAGAAGCUAUGACCUAUCUAAACCCAAUAGAAAUUAAUAAUUAGAAUAUUAAAAUAGAGAAAUUUUUGUGACAGAGAAGUUGUCUAAUACUUCCAAUAUUCUAAUUAACUUCUCUUACUUGAGAUUAUAUAAUUAAACUUUUUUUUUCCAAAAGAAAUUUAUUAUGACUUUGGCUGAGGCAGCAGAACAAAAAAAGGCUCAAAACAUUGAUAACAUUAUAUAUAGAAAAGUAGCCUGUAGAGCCAUUAAUGAAUUGAUUAAAGGAAUUUCGACAUUUCACUAAGAAGGUAUCAUGCAUAGAAAUAUCUCACCAUAAUCAAUUUAUAUUGAUAAUGAAAACUUAGUUGAUGCUCACUUUUACAUAGGAGACCAAGAGAAGGCUAAAGAGGAAAAUUUGAAUAAUUGUGGUACUCAAUAAAGUAGCUCAUACUAAUUUCAUGCUCCAGAGGGAAUGUAAGAUAUCACGAUGAAAUCUGAUAUAUAUUCAUUUGGAUUAGUCGCUUUAUUAAUAUUAAAUAAAGGAGCCCCUUUAUUUUCUUUUUGCUUUUUAGAUGCAGAGGAAAUUGAAAAGAAAUUUAAUGCUGAAUACAUUAACGGUUUAUUGAUUAAAAAUAAACUUGAAUAUGACAAGAAACUUAUUGAAAUUAUUGUAGAAUGUUUGAAAUAAAAUCCAAAAGAAAGACCUGACCUUGUUGAUAUUGUGAAGUAGGAUCAGAAUUGUGUAUAUAUUAUUAAUAUUUCAGCUAGAUGA